AUGGACGUGUUUUUAGCUCGUCUGAUAAUUUAUUUUCAAUGGUUCAUGGAGAAGAAGGAGCUGAAGAACAAGGAUGCUGAUUUUCAUAUUGCAAAGAGUGCCAAAGAGAAAAAGAAGUAUUCACUGGCCUGUGAGGAGGUCCGUAUGAACAGGAAGCUACUGGCACAUGCCUACAUCAACAUUCUGCUGGGACUCGGUCAAUGCAAGACACAUCAUAUUCAAUGUGGAAAGUCAAAAAGUUCAGACUCUCACGAGGACAGGGUCUUGUAUGAAACGUUGUUCAAGUUUGCUGCAGUCUUUGUGUGGGUCGGUAUGGGAAGAAAGGAUUUUGACCUGAUCAGAUCUGAAAUCAACAGGCACGCUAUGAAAUGGCAGGGUACAUUAACAGUUGGAAUCAUCGGUGAAUCACUGCACAAGUACAAUCCUAUCAAUCUUUCACCUCUCGAUCUGGAAGACAAGUCUGUCAGCAAAUUCACAAGCAAGCCAGUUAAAUCAAACAUGGAGAAAUAUUUGGAGACCCGAAAGUUGCAGAUGGAUUUUGAGGACAACAUCAAACAACUGAAGAUACACAUCGAUGAUUUCUCAGAAGGUGUUAUUAUUAAGUCGUUAGAACUCAGUUUUUAG